UGUCGGGAAUUUUUGGGUUUUAAAAAGUAUAAAAUAAGUUGUUUUUCAGGAAAUUGUUAAACCUUCAAUAUGAUUGGGUUUGGUUGUCGUUUUUAAUUUUUAAAUUCUGGAAUCACAAAAGGAAUAGAAAAUAGAAGGCGUAACACUAAAUUAAGUUAAAAAUAAAGAAAAUGAGCGACCAAAAUAUUGGAAGACGGGAGAAACGAAGGAUCUCUGAAUGGAGACCACGUGGGAUGCUUUAAAUGGUCUUGCAUGGUUCAACGAGCUGUUUCAGACAACUCCAUCGAUACACGUGUCAUUCAUUUUAUUAAUAUUUCUUUUCUUCUUUAUCUUAAAUUUGUUUAUUAUUUAUUUAUACUCCAUUUGAGCCGACAGAUGCUUUUGGCAAUUAGCAAUUAGCAAUUAGCAAUUAGCAAUUAGAGAGGAGAUUUGUGCAUGGUUUGAAACUUAAUAAGCUAGCUAUAAAAAUGGAGGAUGGUGUAACUGUGAGAGAGAGAGAAGAAACGUUUCAUGAAGAAGAGACAGAUAGGGAGAAGAGGCAGAAAGUUGAAGGCGGUGGAGGGAUUUUAGAUAACCUCCUAUCUAAAUUUGUACCUGAAUCUGUUCAUAAUGAGGUUCAGGAUCAUGCCACUGCCUGCGACCAACAAUCUGUCGGUGACAGUGACGGUGACGGCAGUGGUGGCGGCGGCGGCGGAGUGAUAAAUAACUUCAUCUCAAAUCUGCUGCACCGCAAUAAUAAUGCGGAAGGAGAUGAAGAUGCGAAGAAUGAUAACGAAGAAAGUGAAGAACAGUUGAAAUCUGCAAAUGAAGAAACUGAUAAUCAUGUCAAGACUGAUCCAGAGAGCAAUGGCGUAGGCGAAGGUGGGACUAGCUCUAAUCAUGGUGCAAGUAUCAUUUCUAGCCUUAUUCCAGAAGUUGUGGCUCCAGCACCUGAUGAGGCUUCUAUCUUGAUCCACUCGAUUGUUCAUGACUAGUCCAACAUUCACUACCUUUAUUUUUGUAAUUUAAAUUCGUAAAUUAACUACAACUUUACCGUGAUUAAUCUUGAAGACUUUAAUUGCAUGCUUUUUACGCACUUGUAAUUUUAAUUUAUGUAGUUCUAAUUUACUUAAUUAUUAAUUUUAGUUAUUAAUGGUGUAUCCACUUUUAAUUGGUCACCACCGUUUAUUUUGUGUCUAUUUUUUUUACAUGAAUUUCCACUCAAACUUUCAUUUCUUACAAUUAUUUGACUUUGCCCUACGUAACUAAGAUGGCCUACUCCGUCUCUUAAAACAGUAUGAGGCUAAAGUAUGUCGUUUAAGUAGGCAACAACUUGAGAAGAUUCGCAUCAUCAUUGAUGGCCAAUCAUCGAAUUGGAAUUGUUUGCAUCAUUAUUAUUUGACUAUAAUAAUGUUAAUCAUCAUAUGGAUAGGAUAAGUAGAUC